UCAAAGGGAACAAUAAUUCAUUUGAUAAUCUGUUUUCAAUAAUCGAUCUUACUGCUAUUGCUGUUUGAAUAAUUCAAUCUACAUUCAGUUUCGUUUUGGAUGUUUUGAAUUAUUUUCGUAGUCAUGGAAGAAUACAAAAUCUAUAUAGGUCAAAUUUUAGUUCAGGCUGGACUUGCAGGCAUGUAUAUCAUAGUUAGAAUUGCUUUUGACAAUGGGAUGAACCGUUACGUAUAUCUAGCUUAUAGACAAGCUGUUGCUACGCUUGUAAUGGCACCUAUUGCUUAUUUUUUAGAAAGAAACGAGCGUCCCCCACUGACUUGUACUAUAUUCUGGCAGAUCUUUCUUCUUGCACUUGCUGGGAUUAGUGUGAGCCAGAAUCUAUUUUUCAUCGGCUUGGCAUACACUUCGGCCACCUUUGUAGCUGCAAUCUCAAACCUUCUUCCUAUUUUCACAUCUGUGAUGACCAUUGCUUUUCGAUACGAGAAAGUUGACAUCAGAACUAAGCGUGGACAAGCAAAAAUUAUAGGGACUGUUAUAUGUGUGGGAGGGGCUAUGAUUAUGACAUUAUACAAAGGCUCUACGAUUGUUCUUACUAAGACGCUUCUCCUAAAACUGAGUACAUGGUUUCUGGGUGCAGCGUCCUUGUUCGUUUGCUUGCUUUUUUUGUCGGCAUACCUUACUUUGCAGGUCCCAGUUUUGAAGGAGUAUCCCGCUAAAAAAUCAUUCCUAGCAUUGGUAUUCUUAUUAGCCACACUCCAGAGCACAGUAAUGGCCUUAAUAUUUGAGCCAAACAUCUCUUCCUGGAAAAUAAACUGGGACAUGGACCUUCUCAGCAUUGUAUAUUCGGCACUAUUGGGUUCAGUAUUUACAUUCUUUGUGCAAACCUACAGUAUCAAGGAAAAAGGACCUAUCUUUCCAGCACUCUUCUAUCCAUUAUCUACAAUUAUAGUUGCAGUCAUGGAGCUGACUAUCUUUCAUUCGAACCUUCAUCUGGGAAGCGUGGUAGGGGGAGUUUUGACAAUUGCAGGACUUUACAUUGCCCUGUGGGGAAAAGGAAAUGAUAAAGAAGAAACAAAGCCAUUAGAAGAAACAAGGCCAUUUGAAGAUGGGGUGGAAGAUGGAUGCACUAACAGCAUUGAAGAUUGUACAGUUGAAAUUCAGCAGCCUCUGUUAAAGAUAUGAAUGUCAUCAGCAGAGUACAACUAAUAAGUAGUACCAUGGUAACAACUCCAUGGUGGACCUUAAAUUUGGAAACUCCAUGGGAUCUUUACUGUUACUAGCACUUCAUUUAAAACAAGGUGUUAGGAUUACUAGUAAAAUAUAUUUGGAACAAUAUAUUAGAGGUAUUUAUUGGUGAUAAUUAUAUCUAUUUUGACAACC